UCGUGCGGAUGCUCUCUCACGACGACAAGGAGGAUCACAGGCACUAAUCAUUACUGCGUAAAAGGGUUCCUCUCCAGAUCAGCUGAUUUGAUCAAUAGCUAGCUGCACACCGAAUCCCACGCCGGAGCACUACCAGAGUCAGUCAGUCAGUCAGCCAGUAGUGACUACUACAGCGACAUACAGGGCAGGUUACGCCCACCCGGGACCAAAGACGUCAUACCCGGUGAUUGCCCAGCCAAGUUCCACCAGCACCUCCUACCUCGGCGUGCGACUUUUAUAAAUACUACCUCGCCGCUGCCAGUUGAAGGUCACUGCAGAGAAUUAAUUGCUUUGAAUUGACUGGAUUCGAUCAACCACAACUACACCCACGACCACACCCACGACUACAACUGCAAUUACAGUGCUACUCCUACCACUUCACCACCACACCACCAUGUCGAAGAACCCUACCACUCUCUACCUCGGUCUCGCUGCCCUCGGCGCCGGCGGUUACUAUCUGUACCGCGCUGGAGGAGAUCCUGAGGUUGCGGGGGACAAGAUCCGGCACGACGCACACGCCGCCCGUCUCAAGAUCCCCACGGGCGACGAGGCAGAGAAAGCAGGCGAGAAGGCGGGAUAUGAGGCGCGGUUGAAUGUGGAUGAGGCGAUCAACAACGCCCGCAGCAACGUCAACGACGGCGCCAACCGACUGGAAAAGGAAGCCAAGAGCGGCGUCAAUCGGCUCGAGCAGAUCGGACGCGACACAUCGGCAGAGCUGAAGUCCGGGGCGGAGAAGAUCGAGGGCAAGAUCGAGGAUAAGGCGUCGGAGGCGAAGGGGACACUGUCGGCCAUCCAGAGUUUCGCAAGAGCGAUCAAGCCCGGCGUAGCCACGAGAAAAUCGCUGUCCGAACUCAAGAAGCCUUCGACCGCCCCUGUCCCUGCAGUCACCGCCCUCCCGGUCUCGCCUUCCAAGAAACGCAAACUCCACGAGCUCGAGAACGUCGACUGCGCCAGCCCCCACGCCAGCCCGGUCAAAAACGAGGAAAGCACGUCCAGUGGGAUCGGCUUCGAGGCCGUCACCCCUUCCAAGACCCUUCGACUCGGCGAAUUAGCCCUGAACACGCCGCGGAGCGGACAUUACGCGCGCCGGAAUUCGAGUUCUGCUCUUUCUCCUCCCGUCUCGCCCUCGAAGCGCGCCGCGACUGCGAGGAAAGCCGUCCUCCCUGCGCGAACUCGACCCGCCUGCAUCGAUGACCUCGUGAACCUGCACUCCGCGUUCGUGAAGGCCGCUGCCCUCCAUGCCAUGCACAAUGGGCUGACCGCCCCGGCCGACCUGAGGGAGUUUCUCCCUACCGUGGAACGAUUGUGGAGGAAGCGCAAGGUGGUGGUUCGGGAUCUGCAGCGCCUUGUCUGGGUACUGGAUCAGGAGGCUACUGCUGCUGCUGCUGCGUCGGGUUUGGCGAUGCCGGGGUUCAGGAUCUCGAAUUACGGGCUUGGACGUGUGUGUUUGGAGCGGGUGGUCCGGGACGGCGAAGGGCGGAUAACGGAGACGGAGUGGCAGGAGCGGUUCGAGCAGAGCCUGGAUGUGCGGUGGGAGAAGGCCGUGGAUGCGGCGGAUGGGGACGAGAGUCGGGUGGACUUUCUGGCGACGCUGGGGACGGCCGUUGUUCAUGAGUCGUUGACGCCGUUUACCUCGUUCCGGAAGGGUCAGCAGCGCUUGCAGGAUCUGAAGGGCGGCGUGAUAAAGAUGAAGACGGAGAGGAUGCGCACUGAGGCUAAGGAUGAGACCCCCGAGAAGCCCGUCGAUGCGGCGAGUACCCGGAGGAAGGGUCUGUUGGAUCGCAUCAAGGAGAAGCAGUUGCGCCAGGCGAAGUUGCCGCCGCCGCCGUCUAAGGAUAUGUUGUUGCGGAGGGCGGCCGCGGAGCGCGUGGAGGAGGUUGCGGGCGUGUUGGCGUUGUUGAGGCCCGCUGGGUAUGUUGGUACCGGGGCGAAGGCUGUGAUGACCGCGCAGAGGACGCCGUUUCGCUUGGAGAUGAUUGCCCAGAAUGUGCGCGAUUCCGUACGCAGUCCUAUCUCCGAGAGGGAGGUCGAGAUCUGUGUCGAGAUCCUGGCGCGGGAAGACAUUGCCGGUCAAUGGGUCAAUUUCGUCACGGUGAAUCGUAUGAAAUCUGUUGUCCUGAAGUCGUGCGCCGAUGUCCAGACCAAGGAGAUUGCGGCCAAGGUGGCGCAGUUGAAGGUCGGGUGGGAGGGCUCCGAGGCUCUCCCUGUGCUGGUGGAGGGUUCUGCGUGAUCAUAAUGAUGCUUUUUUUUCUUGUUUUUUUACCUCUGUUGGGUACAUGUGUCUGUCUGUCGUUUUGGAUGUCUGAUAUACCUCAUCCGGGUGGCCUGGUAUGCUCCCGGCGUUAUGAUUGCAUUGUGCAGCGGC